CACGUCUUAAAAAACCCAUCCCGGCACCAUUUCUCCACUCAAAACCCCCAAACUAAAAAAGAAUAACAAUAAUAAAUUAAAUUAAAAAAGAAAAAAUGAGUCUCACCAUCUUCCUUUUCCUCCUCCUGACCUCCGCCGCCGCCGAACUCCGGCGGGGAUUCUACUCGGAGAGUUGCCCGGCGGCAGAAACGAUCGUCCGGGAGGUUCUCCGGCGAGCGAUGGCCAGAGAAACCAGAAGCGCCGCGUCAGUGAUGCGACUGCAAUUCCAUGACUGCUUCGUCAAUGGCUGCGAUGGAUCGGUGCUGCUUGACGACACCGCCGAGAUGGUCGGAGAGAAAUCGUCGCUGUCGAAUGUCGACUCGCUGCGGUCGUACGAUGUUGUCGACGAGAUUAAGGAAGCUCUGGAGGCGGCGUGCCCCGCCGUCGUUUCCUGCGCCGAUAUUCUCGUCAUGGCUGCAAGAGAUGCUGUUGCCCUGAGCGGGGGACCGAACUGGAAAGUAAAGCUCGGAAGAAAAGACAGCCUAACAGCAAGUCAAGAAGCGUCGGAUGCGAUAAUGCCGAGCCCGCGAGCCGACGCUGCAUCCCUAAUCAAUCUCUUCUCUGGAUUCAACCUCAGUAUUCGCGACCUCGUCGCCUUAUCCGGGUCCCACUCAAUCGGUCGAGCGAGGUGCUUCUCCAUUGUUUUCCGGCUGUACAACCAAUCGGGCAGCGGGCAACCCGACCCUGCAAUCGACCCUACCUUCCGGGAGGAGCUCGACCAGCUCUGCCCACUGGGCGGUGACGAGGAGGUCACCGGGGGGAUGGAUGCGUCGCCGGAGAGAUUCGAUAACCAGUAUUACAAAGAUUUGGUCGACGGGAGGGGGUUCUUGAAUUCAGACCAAACGCUGUAUACAUACCCGGAGACGAGAGGGUUCGUCGAGGAGUUCAGUAAGAAUGAAGACGAGUUUUUUGCCGCGUUUGCGGAAGGAAUGGUUAGGAUGGGAGAUCUGCAGUCGGGAUUGCCAGGUGAGGUUCGGAAGAAUUGUCGUUUCGUUAACGGGUACCGGCCAGACGAGGGGUUGGUGAAAGAUUCCUGAGGUGGAUACAUUGAUGUAAUAUCGAACGGUUACCUUGCAUCGAGCAAUAAAAUUACUAUGAUGACAGAAAAAACAUUGCGGUAAAGCAUAGGAAAGUUUCAUAAUAUAAAUGUCGACUGUCAUAAUGUAAAUCUAAGGAUUCAACACUUAAAAGUA